AUGUUUCAUUCAUUCUUUCAUUUUUGCUUACUUUUUAACAUUUUGUCCCGUUCUUCUUCCUUUUUACUUUUAUAUGUUUCCUUCCUCUAUGGCUUUUUUGUCUUAUUUUCCAAAUCGCUUUUCCUUUCUUCUAUUCUUUUUUGUUUCUUUCUUUCUCGCUUUUUCUCUCUUUGUGUCCUAUUCCUGAAAUCUUUUAUUCGCAAAUUUCUUAUACCUUUCUUCCUUCAUAUUUUUUUUUAUCUUUGUGUCCUAUUCUUAAAUUCUCUUAUUCCUUUCUUCUUCGCAAUUUUUUUAUCUGUGUGUCCUAUUCCGCAAAUUUCUUAUAGCUUUCUUCCUCGACAUUUUUUUUCUGAUUCAAUUCUUUUUCUCUUCCGCCUUCUCUUGCCUAAUUCCUUCCUUCCCUCCCUCCUUCCUCCAUUCAUUCAUUCAUUCAUUCAUUCAUUCAUACUUUCGCUUAUGACUACCUUUUAUUAUAUUUCUUCGCUUUUUUUUUCAUUCAUUUCUUGCCUUCUUUCCUUCUUUAAAUCACUCAAUUCAUCCUUCCUUCAUUUUCUUCCCUCAAUAUUUAUUCAUUCUUUCUUUUCCUCUUUUUUAAUUUGCUUCAUUCCUAAUUUCAAGCUCUUUUUAUUCCUUGCGUCUUUUCUUCCGUUCUGCAUUCUUUUUCUUCUGUCUUUCCGUUUCAUUUCACCUACCAUUCUGUUAGAUCUAUUUUGUUCUUUAUUUCCAUUUUACGUCACUACUGCCUGCCAUCUCUACCUUCAUUCUCCCGAUCAGACCUUAACACUUGGUGUGCUUUUCAUUUGUAAUUUAUGUUUCCUUAUAAUUUACUGUUUUCCUUUCCUCUCUCUCACUUUAGCGCGCACAUUUUUUACUUCCGCCGUCACACUCUCCCUGUUUUUCUCUCACACACAUUAUAUUUAUAUUUAG